CUAGAAAAAUUCAUUUGAUAUUCACAGCUACAGUUGUAAUUAUAAUUAAAAAAAAACUUCAGUGACCAAGUAGAGAAAAGCAUCAGCCCUAAAAAUCGUUUAAAUUAUGAAAAACUCACGCACACUGUAAAUUUACACCAAGCCGUCAAGAUCAACUUAUCCUGUCUGUUAUUGGUUGCCACGGUUACGCUUGACGUCACGUUCCACCCUUACCCCUGCUAUCGGAGUUGGGCGAUUGGAGGAAACCCCGUGGAUGUGAAGCUAGUCUGAGACAGUGGACGACAGGGCAUCAGCCGAAGCAGAUCUGAGCAAGCGCUGCUUUGUAUUAGGUAUUAUCUCUACAGCAGUAAUAAAUCAUGGAUAGGAACUGUUACGUUCAGAAAGCCAAGCUUGCUGAGCAGGCUGAGAGAUAUGAUGAUAUGGCAGAAGCAAUGAAGAAUGUAACUGAAAUGGGUGCAGAGUUAUCUAAUGAGGAACGAAAUCUGCUGUCUGUUGCUUACAAGAAUGUGGUUGGAGCCCGUAGGUCCUCUUGGAGAGUUGUCUCUAGCAUCGAACAGAAGGCUGAUUGUGAUGAAAAAAAGCGCAUAGCCAAAAUGUAUAAGGAAAAAAUCGAAGCCGAGCUAAAAUCAACUUGUGGAAAUGUCUUGGGUAUCCUGAGAGGGCAUUUGAUUGAAAAGUCUACUCAACCAGAAAGCAAAGUCUUCUAUUUGAAAAUGGAAGGUGACUAUUGUCGAUACUUGGCUGAAGUGGCAAGUGAUGACAGAGCUAGCAUUGUGCAGGAGUCUCAGAACGCUUACCAGAAAGCAUCUGAAAUAUGCAAAAAGGAGAUGCAGCCAACACAUCCUAUUCGAUUAGGUCUUGCUUUAAACUUCUCAGUCUUCUAUUAUGAGAUUGUCGGUGACCCAGACACCGCUUGUAGUCUUGCAAAGACUGCUUUUGAUGAUGCAAUUGCAGAUCUUGAUACAUUGCAUGAAGAAUCUUACAAAGACAGCACACUAAUAAUGCAGUUACUGAGGGACAACCUAACUUUAUGGAGGUCAGAUGCAGAAGUAGAUGAAGCCCCGGGAGAUGAACCGUGUGCUCCAGAGGGGACAGAGCAGAAAGAAAACUAACCAGCCACUAUUUCGUUAUCAGAUUUAUAUAGAGACUGUCAUCCUUACUGUCUCAAAACAGUAGUUUGUCCUAGACCUUUGACAGGUUUCUGUUUUAAGGUUGCGUUCCCACAUGAUUUUGUUUAAUAUUUGGGGGUGGAGCAGACUUAAUACUAGGGGAAUCUUUUUUCCAGAAGGUGGGCAAUGAUGCAUCAGUAUGACAUUUACACACAAGUUUUAAUGUUUGUUGUCCAUUCUGUCAAGUACUACAUCAGAGGCCCAACGGAAUUGUUUUUCCAAGUCUGAAAAGAAAACUGUUUGCAGUAGCCGAGGAAAGCAGGAAGAUUCCAUGGUCUGUGCUAAAUUUCUACUGCAUGAGACAGUUUUUCUGCCACAGAUGAAGGGCAUUCACAUUCCAUUGUUUUUGUCCACAUUUUUGCAAAGUUGUUUGCAUUUAAAUUUAUCCACUUAUGAACAAAUUUCACAAAUCUGCAGUAAAUGUUUUUUGCUGUAUUUAUACCAUGUUUAUCAAGUAAAUCAGUAAAAUUAAACAAGUUUUUUUUCCUUUUGUAAUUUUACUUUUGGAUACUUAACAUGUAAUUGUUGAGCAUGUGGGGGAGUCAUAAAAGUAAUUUAAUAUCUGAAGAUUUUAUAUACAGAACCAGAAGUUUAGAAGUUUGAUGUAUGUGAAUUUAAUUUUAUAAGCAGGCUUGUGAUCUUACAGCUUUCUUGAGGUCAUUUCCCUUUGUCUAGUAAUUACAGAAGAAAGUUGUAAGCUGUGGUUGGAUUUUUUGAUUUCAUUGUUUGCAUCGUAAUUUAUGCACUCCAUUCACUUUGCGUACACACUCAUUUUUUAUUCUCCAGAGGUUUUGCAACGUUAAGCAUUUAUUUACCAAGUACCAUCUCUUUGAAUUAAGACGUCCUGUAGAACUAAAUUAGUUGAACUAAUAUGUUGUGCUGUGCCAGUACAGAUGUUACAUUUCUGCUGUUUAAUUCUACACAAUUUUUCAUCACUGACUUAAUACCCACGUUAUUCACUGCCUUCUAUUACAUGUAGAAAAAGCUUCUGCCUGUGAUAUAGCAUAAGAUAGGUUUUAUUGCAUUACAGUUGAUGGCAAACUUCGGUUUUAAAUUAAAUGGAAGUCACGUUCUUUACAGAUGCAUUCAGAGUUAUCAAUGCCAUAUUUCAAGACUGUUUUUAAAGCUUAAUUGCGAUUUCCGCAAGCUGUGAAUUGUUGCAUGCUCAAACCUAUGAAGCAAGCAGAGUUACUGAAACCCAGUUUUCCUUGUUGCAGAAUUUUGUCUUUACAACCAUUUUGCCAGCAAUCCUGUAAACAGUGCUGUCUGCAGAAAGUGACUUUGCAGUCCAUAUAAUGCAGAAGAGAGGAGAGCACAAUUUUAGCAUGCGUAGUCAUGGGAAUGCAGAAUCCUGGGUAUUGAUUUAUUUGCCAAACAGUCUCGCAAUCUUCAGUGGAUGGUAGUAAACUUUUGACUGAUUCUUUAAUUUCACUUAAACAUGCACCCAUUGCAAAAUGAUAUUUUGGGUUUUCUUUUUAUAUAAUGGGUCAAGUUGGCACUACAGAAGAGUACACUAGUAAAUAUUUGUCUGUCUUUCAGAAUCUUAAUGAUGCAUAUGGUUUCUGUUGCAGAACUGUUUUGGAUACUUGUUAUUAUAGUAUGACAAAGCUGCUUUCAAAAUAAAAUGGAAAUCAGA